AAAUGCUGGCAUGCCGUAUUUUAAAUCGAACACGCGAAAUUCUAUCUCUUUAUCUUUCUUUUUUACCCCCUUCCACACGUCCUAUGUACAUGUUUUGUUGCACCGGUGUACCUGUAAUUAUUCUUUCGUAAUGUUCUGGCCAUAAUCUCGUAGUUAGUAUGAGAGCAUGUAUACAUUAAACGAACUCUAUCCCUUCAUGUUUUUUAAAAACAAAAACAGAGUGUUCUUUUGUGACAUCGUUUUAUUGAUGGUGUAAUUUGGGCGUUCCGUAUUCAUUUUGUGGUCUUCAUAUAUUUUGAGUUGUUCUUGUUCCCGUCGUGAAGAAUCGAGUUCGUACAAAUGGGCAUUCCGGACAAACUAUGUUCACUGGCGGCGAAAUCUUCGUGUAUACCAUUGCUGUACGAAUGGGCCAGCUGUGAAAUGUUAGCAACCGAUUUUUGGAUAAGGGAAUUAUACUACGGUACGUGCCGGGAUCACGAAUGGUUUAUAUGGCAACUGAAUCAAAUGCAACUACCCAGCAGCCUAGUGAUCCCGAAUUUGGUUCGCGAGCAAAUCGAAUAUCAUAUGACGUCGAUUUUGAACCAGGUUAUAAUAUGGAUACAGUAUCACCACAGCAAAAAUUUCUUCCACGAUGAACCGGCAUCUCCGUUGAAAGAAUACCUGCUUAAAUUGAUUUGGAAACUGGAUCGAUCGAUCGACUACGCAGCUACUGCCAAAAACGUGUUGGCUGGCUCGAAUUUUAACCCUAUGGAGAAGUACAGAUUUGCUUGCACGUAUUGUUUUUCGGAGGAAGUAUGCAAUUUGAAAGAUGUGACGGAGGUAACGAUAGAUUGGUGUUUCGAAAAAGAGCCUUUGCUGGUUUAUUGGAGUAAAUACUUGACCAAUCAGUUGCAUACGAUAACUUUACCGUCGAACGAUUCAAUCGAGGAGAUCAUGUUUGCUAAAGCUCUGGAUGAGUACGAUCUUUGGCAGCCCAUAAAGUACUUUUUUGCAAAACUCAACUCCGGUGCUAGAUUAUUGCAGUGUAAGAACGUUUUCUUGCACGAAGAAGGAAAAUAUCAAAAAGAACUGCUCGCUUUACUGAAUGAAUGCGAAAAAAGUUCUGUGUACCUGCACCAGGCUAAUAUGAUAGAAAUCCUUAAAAAUUACGAACAGGCGGAAAAUUUCGAAGGUAUUCGACAGAUUUGCACCGAGUUGAAGGGCAAGUUGAGUUUCAAGGAUUUCGCUCUAAUUAUCGAAGAAUUGGCCAGGUUGUCGAUGUUUACUAUAAACACAUUCAAUGCAGUGACACCGUUACUUAUGGAAAUUUGGAACGAUGCCAGCGACGCGGAUAAGCGCCGGGUAGCCUCAACUGGCUUGCAAUCACGUAUCGUCGAAAAAUGGUGGGAAUUGCUAUGGGAAGAAAUGGACGAUCAUUUCGCCAAUAGACACCGAUUCCGCAAUCCUUUGGUGUUUAUUCGUGCCUUGGCUGAAGCGUACGAACCUCGAAAUUUCCUCAAGUCGAAUUUUUAUUUGCUUGUAAUCUGGCAACCGUUCGCUUCUAUCGUCGAACUAAUGGACGAAUUUCAGUCAGGUGCUGAAGAUGUCGAAGAAUUCAAGAAGAAUAUUCGACAACAGCUUGUAACUGACCACACGUCUUGUUUGCAUUAUUUGGCGUCUCAUGGUGAGUUCGAUGAAUUUAACAGUUUUGUAUCGUUUUUCUACCCGGAUAACGCGAGCAGAACCGCGUAUCAGAGAAAAUUUUUAAUGGAUAACUUGAAAGAUUUUAGUUAUUCGUUCGAAUACGUCGAUUGGAGAAUAAUUUACCAAUUUGUCAGCAACGUGUUUCGUGACUCCGAUGACCGAUCCGUGUCUUCCUGUACCACCCUACUGAUGCAAAAGGCUUUGAGUAAAAGAAGGGGUAUUCUGAUCAAAAUGAUGCAUCGAGAAGAAGUAAACAGCAUCGUAGAAUGUAUUCACACUUUUGUGCCAUACCAGCACAAUUUAUCUCGAGCAAAGCAGAAUUGCGUUGAUUCACUUAUCGAAUACCUUCAUAAUGGUUUUAGUAUUAUCAUUUUUAAGGCGACUCAGUUCGAAAAAUUGCUGAUUUGGUGUUACGGAUCUGAGGCAGGUGUUGCUCAAUUUAAAGAAAAAAUCAACGCUUCAAAAGUUUUUGUCACUCUGCUGAAAUUCUGCGUCAACGGAUACGCUUUCGAAGCGAGUGAUUCUAUGGAGGAAUUUUUGCACUGGUAUUACCCCAUUGAAAGUGAAAGGAAAAAUUUUAUAUCGGAUAUGAUUUACUCUUACGAUGAAUUUGGAGUGAUCGGGGAAUUCCUAAGAGAUAGGAGGUAUCGUCGAUGCAUGCUGAACUGGUUUUUUGAUAGGAACGCUUACGAAGUAAAGAAAUUUACAACGUUUUAUGCGCUGUUCACAAAGGCAUAAUUAUACCAGUGGGUUGGGGUUUGUCGAAAUAAUCGAUGAAUGAAUUUUCGUAUUUAUUAGUACCUAAUUGUAAUGUGUAAUUUGUUUUGUCUGUGAUUCUAAAUCUUUUUUAAAUAAUAUUUAUUUUAACCGAAUUCAGUUAUCGUAAUAAAUUUUGUGAUGAGUUUGCUAUGUA